AUGGUUGACUUUGAAAAGGCAUUCAUUGAAUCAUUCAAAGAAAUAUACUCUGGUGUGAAAGUUAGUGGGUGUAAUUUUCAUUUCAACCAGUGUAUUUGGCGUCGUCUUCAGUCAUGUGGGCUUCAAAAAAUGUACAAUACAGAUGUGAUUUUUGCUCACAACAUACGUUUCAUUGCGGCAUUGGCAUUUAAUCUUCCUGAACAUGUGAUAUCUGGUAAUGAGCUUAUUGUGUCCAGUGAUUAUUAUGAGCGCAAUAUUGACAUUCUUGAUGAUUUUAUUGGUUACAUUGAAACGACCUGGAUUGGUGGAUUAUCUCGCAGUAAAAAAAAACGUGGAAACCCUCGAUUUAAUAUCAAAAUGUGGAACUGCUAUAAGGCUGUCGUUGACGACUUAAUUAGAUCAAACAAUCCAAUGGAAGAGUGGCAUAGUGGUUUUAAUCGCCGUGUUGGUGUUUGUCAACCUUUCAUUGGGAUGUUUUUAAAUUCAAUUAAAGACGAACAGUCUAAAACUGAAACAUCAAUUGCUCAAAUCGAUUCUGGGUUAGAUGUUUCAACUUCUCGUUGUCAAACUUAUCGAGACUAUGAUACUCGAUUAAAAAAAAUUCUCAUGAAUUACGAUUCAAACGAUAAAUUUAGAUACCUAAAAAAUGUGGCAAAAAUUAUCUCAAUACAGUGA